UGACACAUGCCUUUAUGAAUUAUCACUAUUAACUAUCCUUGUACCGUUUCUAUCUUUAUACCAUUGUUAUCAAUUUUAUCCCUAUAUGAACUCACUUCAAUAAACAAAGACAACAUGUAUGAGCAUGUAUACAUUCAUCUUAGUGCUCUACUUUGCAAUAACAACAUAAUUCAUCUUCACAUUUCCCAAAAGUUCUCUCACUCACCCAUACACACACACACACACACACACACACACACACACACACACACACACACACACACACACACACACACACACACACACACACACACACACACACACACACACACACACACACACACACACACAGGAGAUGAGCAUGGCCCUUCCCAGCUAGGUAGUUUAUGCUUGUGCCUAGAAACUUCAGCGAGAAUUUGAAACUUGGCUACAAUAAUUGGGACUUGGGAGAGUGUUCAGAAUCGUUCCGUAAUUCUUCAGGUUUUUUAAACUAAAAUGUAGACGUUAAUGCCUUAGUUGUACAUUUUCAGUGAAAAUCACUGCAAUAAAUGUGCUUUAGGCCUUAUAUUGGCUACUCUAUCUAGCUACUUCCCUCUCUUUACUGCUGGACAGCAGUUCUUGAACAAGUAAGUGGAAGUGAAGAACACUGUGCCCUGUGUUGUUGCGGUGCCGGCUUGCAGCACAAACUCUCCCCAUUGUAGUUAGACUGUAUCACGGUGACAUCGAGAUGGUUACAAAUUAUUUAUUGUGUAGGCUAUCCUAUUCUAAAUAAAAUCAGUGGGAUGGACAAAUUGGCCACGUUAGCUGCUGCCGGCGACAUGUGAUACAGUUGCCCAGUGGGAAGCAGCUCACGUUGGCAAGUACCUUGAUACACCGUUGCACUGGUCAUUCUCAUCGGCUUGUUGUUACGUUAGCUAAUUGGUAGGUCAAGGUAACAAAUACUACAAGUUAUUUCCUCCAUUGAAAUAAGCAUCGUUUUAUUUUAACUAGUGCCAUGCUGCUGUUCUUGCCAGCAUAAACUAUACUGAACAAAAAUAUAAAUGCAACAUGGAACAAUUUCUAAUAUUUUAUUGAGUUACAUUACAUAUGAGGAAAUCAGUCAAUUGAAAUAAAUAAAUUUGGCCCAAAUCUAUGGAUUUCACAUGACUGGGAAUACUGAUAUGCAUCUAUAGGUCACAGAUACCUUAAAAAAAGGUAGGGCCGUAGAUUAGACAACCAGUCACUAUCUGGUGUGACCACAAUUUUCCUCAUGCAGCGCACCACAUCUAAUUUGCAUAUAGGUGAUCAGGCUGUUGAUUGUGGCCUGUGGAAUGUUGUCCCACUCCUCUUCAGUGGCUGUGCGAAGUUCCUGGAUAUUGGCGGGAAUUGGAAUACACUGUCGUACACAUCGAGUCAAUGGGUGACAUGUCUGUUGGGUCAGUGUAACGGCGUUCUUCUGUUGAAGGAGGAGCGGACCAAAAUGCAGCGUGGUGGUAACUCAUGUUUAUUGAUGAAAAUAGACUAGACAUGAAAUAACUGAAACGUACAAAACAACAGACGGAAAUGUGAAAAAACUAUACAGCAUAUCUGCUGAAUAUAAACACAGAGACAGGAACAAUCACCCACGAAACACUCAAAGAAUAUGGCUGCCUAAAUAUGGUUCCCAAUCAGAGACAACGAAAAUCACCUGACUCUGAUUGAGAACCGCCUCAGGCAGCCAUAGACUACGCUAGACACCCCACAAAACCCCAAGACAAAAACACACCACAGUAACCCAUGUCACACCCUGGCCUAACCAAAUAAAUGAAGAUAAACAUAAUAUAUUUAGACAAGGGCGAGCUGCAGACUGGCAGCUCCUUGCAGACUGACAGCUCCUUGCAGACUGACAGCUCCUUGCAGACUGACAGCUCCUUGCAGACUGGCAGCUCCUUACAGACUGGCAGCUCCUUGCAGACUGGCAGCUCCGGCUGCUCCAUGCAGACUGACAGCUCUGGCUGCUCCAUGCAGACUGACAGCUCUAGAUGCUCCAUGCAGACUGACAGCUCUGGCUGCUCCAUGCAGACUGACAGCUCUGGCUGCGCUAAACAGGCAGGAGACUCCGGCAGCGCAGGAGAGGAGAAAGGCUCCGGCAGCGCUGAACAGGCGGGAGGCUCCGGCAGCGCAGGAGAGGAGGAAGGCUCGGGCAGCGCUGAACAGGCGGGAUGCUCCGGCAGCGCAGGAGAGGAGAAAGGCUCCGGCAGCGCUGGAGAGGCGGAGCGCACUGUAGGCCUGUUGCGUGGUGCUGGCACUGGUGGUACUGGGCCGAGGACACGCACAGGAAGCCUGGUGCGGGGAGCUGCCACCGGAGGACUGGUGUGUGGAGGUGGUACAGGAUAGACCGGACCGUGCAGGCGCACUGGAGCUCUUGAGCACCGAGCCAACCUUACCUGGCUCGAUGCCCACUCUAGCCCGGCCAAUACGAGGAGCUGGUAUGUACCGCGCCGGGCUAUGCACCCGCACUGGAGACACCGUGCGCUCCACAGCAUAACACGGUGCCUGCCCGGUCUCUUUAGC